AUGACUACUCUGCCCCACCUGCCCACCACACGCCCAAAGCUUACAUCGUUAGCCAGACAGAAGCUGCCAUGCUCCCCCAGCACAAUUCCAAGGUCUCAACUGAUCAAAGAAAAAGAAGACAUAGAUCAUUACCUGGAGGUGAACUUCAAAGGACUGUCAAAAGAGGAGGUUGCCGCUUACCAGAACUCGUACAAGAAGAACGUGUGCGUGGACAUGCUACGAGACGGCUACCACGAGUCCUUCACCCAGCUCUUCGCUCUGAUGGAGAAGUGGGACUCCCUCAGGGAGGCGGCCAGGGCCAGGUCCCUCCUCUGGUCACAGAGGCCCCUGGAGGAGCAGCCCGACAAGCUGGACCACUUCUACCACUACCUGACCAGGGCCGAGGUGGCGGAGCGCAAAGGAUACUUUGAAGAUGUCUAUAAUAACUUGUAUGCUCUGGCCUGUUACUUCAAUAAUCCUGAAGACAAGUGGGUUAGGAACCACUUCUACGAACGAUGUUUUCAGAUUGCUCAACUGAUCAAAAUCGACGGCGGGAAGAAAGAAGCCGAGGCGUACGGGCACAUGGGACUCCUGUUCGAGGAAGACGGUCAGCUCCUGGAAGCUGCCGAGCAUUAUGAAGUAUUCCAUCAAUUGACGCAAGGGCGGGUAUGGAAGGAUGAGACAGGCUGCCUCCUCAACUUGUUGGCCUGCGAGAGUCUCCUGAGGACUUACAGAUUACUCUCAGACAAAAUGCUGGAAAAUAAAGAUUACAAACAGGCCAUCAGAAUUCUAAUAAAAGCCUCUGAAAUAGCCAAAGAAGGAAAUGACAAAAAGAUGGAAGGAGAAGCUUCCUAUUAUCUGGGCUUAGCCUACCUGGCUGCUGGAGAGUACGGAACAGCAUUAACAGUCCUCGGCGCUUACAGCAAAGUCUCCACGGAGCUGGACGAUGAUCUCAGCCUGGCGAGAGCCUACGAAGCAAUAGCCAAGGUCCUGCAGAGCCAAAGAAAUAUGACAGAAGCAAUUAAAUACUUGAAAGAAUUUGUGAAAAUUGCAAGAAACAAUUUUCAAAGUCUUGAUGUUGUGAAAGCAAGUACAAUGCUUGGCGAUAUCUACAAUGAAAAGGGAUACUACAGUAAAGCUUCGGAAUACUUUCAGCAAGCCUUUGACACAACAGCAGAGCUAACAAACAUGCCUCUCCUGGAAGAAGCAAAAGUGCACUAUGGAAUAGCAAAAGCUCAUCAGAUGAUGCUGACAGUGAACCAUUAUAUAGAAUCUGCAGAUCUCACCAGCCUUGACUACCUGCUGUCAUGGAAGGAGAGCAGAAGUGGCAUCGUGCCUGAUCCCAUUAUUGCCCCCAGCUUGCCCUUCGUGGUCUGCUCUCCUUGGGGGUUCAGCUGCCUGAGCCGCCCAGGCGCCGUGGCAGAGGCCACGGGUCCUGAGCGGCAGGCCCCUCCAGAGAGUGGAGGCUUUAACAACAUUUCAGUCGGUGUUAUUGACAGUUGA